AACUAUCGCUCAUCAGUAGGUUUGGUGGGCUGGCUGGUUGGUUGGCUGGCGCUAGCAUUAUUGUUGCUUAAGGAUCUGUAUCUACAACAAGGUUGGCCCACAAUAUAUACUAAAUAUGUGUUGUGGUGCAACAGUUCAAAGUAUUAAAUCGGGCGCGCGGCGUGUGACUGUUAAAUGCAAUUAACGACGGCUUGCUGUGAAUUUCAAAACUUCCUUCCACCAAUCAGCAUCUGGCCCCGGCCCCCCCUCUCUCUCUCUCUCUGUCUAUCUCUAUCUCUCUCAUCACAUACAGCAUUGUCGUGAAUUGUGCGGAUUUGUCGAAUGUGAAAUUUCAAUUGUAUUAAUACAAGUGGCUGCAAUAUGGGCACAAUAUCAUCGGUACUGCAAUGGUCGUGCACCAAAUGCAAUACCAUCAAUCCGACCGAAUCAUUAAAAUGCUUCAACUGUGGCACCGUGCGCAAGGUAUUCCCCAGUCCUACCGCAACAUUGUAUCAGCAAACGUCACAAACGCAAUCCCAGCCGCUGCGACACCAAAGCACUUGGAUACAUCAACAGCAACAACAACAACAACAACAACCUCGGCAACAGCAGCGACAGCAUGAAAACCUGGUUGCAGGCUCUGCUGUGUCAGGGGCAGCAGCGGGGGCGACUGAACAGGCCGCCGAGUGUGAUGAGGAGGAGGUCGCGACAAUUGUUGAUAAGCACAAAACUGUGACCAGAACUGAGCACAACAACCAAAAACAACAACAGCAGCAUCCCGGACACGUUUACAAGUCGCUGCUGCGCGGCUGCUUGAAGCGUCCGCAGCGCAAUAGCCAAAAUUUGCCAGCCAAUUGCAUUGACUGCGAGGCGACGCGCAAAUAUAUAAAAAAUUCAAUAGAGCUAUAUCGUCAUUUUUCCAAUCCGGCGCUGAAUCGCCGUUGGAUUUGUCGCGCCUGCGAUACGGAUAACAAUUCGGUGACAUGGCAUUGUGUUAUCUGCGAUACUGUUAGCUAUUUGGCGCCCAUCUACAAGGAGACUCUGUGCACGCGACGUCAUGAGGCGGCGGCAGCCGCAGCCACAGCCGCAGCUGGCACAAAACUGGAGCUAAACAACAGUUGCAGCAGCGUCGCUGGCGGCGUCGUCAACAGCAGCGGCAACAGUAACAGCAGCGUUGGUGAGCAGCAGCCGACGAAGGAGCCACUAUUACUACAUCAUUCGCAGCUGGAACAGACGGAGGAGCAGCAACAUUCCAAUCGGCGUCAUUUGAAAUCGCGCCGUUACGCCUACUUUAGACGCACGCAAAGUCUUAGCAAUUCCAUAGAUAAGAGCACGGCCCUUACCCAAACGGCUGUCGCCUCAUCCUCCUCUUCUGCCGCAUCCGCAUCCUCCUCCUCCGCCGCCGCCGCCGCCGUCGUCGCUUCGGCACGCAGCUGUCACAUUUGCUAUGUAAGCAAUCUGGGCAAGGACAUAUUCAAUUUGCCCUACGAAGCCUCACUCGGCUACCAGCAACAGCAACAACAACAACAGCAGCAGCAACAGCAGCAGCAACAGCAGCAGCAACAUUUGUUGCCACACAAGAGCCUUGCAGUCGCUGCAGCGCCAGUUGCGUGCAGCAAUUCACGCUUUGCCAUUGCCAAUGAUACCUUCUGUCGCCGCAAGCAGAACAACAACAACAAGAAUCUAAAUAAUAAAGUACGCGACGCUUGUGCCAAGAAGAAAUAUAACUUUACCAUAACAACGCUGUCGCGAUCAGCCAAGGCGACAGCGCCAACAGCUGUUGCCAAGCCCAUGCGCCAGCCGCAGUCCAAGCAGCAGCAGCAGCAGCAGCAGCGGGAGCUCAACAACGCCCAGCACAUGAGCAACACCAGGGCACACGAGCAACACGGCGGCGGCAGCAGCUCACAGUUUACCAUACCGCGCAAUGGCGUCUUCAUAGCUGUCAACGAUUGGUCGGAGCCGGCAACACGCGUCAUCAGCGGCAGCAGCAGCAGCAGCAAUCGUCAUGCCAAUAUGCAGCCUUGUGAUACAACGAGCAACAACAACAAUGUCAACAGCAGCAGCAACAACAGCAACAGCAGUAGCUGCAACAACAACUGCAGCAGCAACAAGCUAAAUCAGCAGCUCUAUGAAAACGAAUGUGUGGCAAUUGCACAGCAGCAACAGCAACAACAACAGCAGCAACAGCUUAGGGCGGAGCCAAUGGCACCCAUAUAUGCGCAGGUUAAUAAACAGCACAAGCUACACAAAAAGAAGCUUAGCAACGAGACGUCAGCAGCAACAGCAUUGCUGCUAGGUAACAACAACAGCAGCAGCAGCAGCCAUAGCAACAACAGUAGCUUUGACGUAUUCGAAAAUAGCAGCGAGGCAGCAGCAGCAACAGGAGCAGCAGCAGGAGCAGCUGCCGAGCACAGCAGCAAUGAAGCCAACAGUGUGGAAGCGGACGUCAGCACAGCAGCAGCUGCUGCGGCAGCAACUGUUGCAACGGCAUCUGAUUUUUAUCACGCAUCCGAGCAUUCGAUAUACGCGAAGGUGUGGAAGGGACCACGCAAAACAACUGAAUCGAAAAUCACGCAUGAGGCAGCAGCUGUUUUGGCACCGAUCACGGCCAGCAAUCGGCUCAUUCCUCCAGCGGCACGCAACGACAAUAAACCGCAAUCGAUGCUGCUGCACGGCAGCCGCAAGAUGUGGACAUGCGGCAAAUGUUCCUAUGCCUACAAUCGUCUCUGGUCCGAGUCCUGUGAGAUGUGCGAGACACUAUCCAAGCAAACAGCAGAGUCAUCUCCAGCAUCAGCAGCAGCAGCACCUGGUGCGGAGCCGCGCAGCGAUGAGCCCUGGACAUGCAAGAAGUGCACCCUGGUCAACUACUCAACGGCGAUGGCGUGCAUUGUGUGCGGCGGCUCGAAGCUGAAGAGCAUCUCCUCCAUUGAGGACAUGACGCUGCGCAAGGGCGAGUUCUGGACCUGCAGCCAUUGCACGCUCAAGAAUUCGCUGUCGGUGGGCCUGUGCAGUGCCUGCAAAUCGAUGCGUCUGCUGCCGGUGGCGGACACGGUGCGCGAACGACCCGAUGGCCAGUCGUACGAGGAACAGGACACAACGACGGCGACCGUCGGCGGCGGCAGUCAGACGUUGGGUGAACACAAUACGCCAACGCCGACGCCAACGGCUCAGCUGCAGUUGCUGCCGCCGUUGGCGCAUCGCAAUUCACGCAGUCCCUCGCCCCGAUCAACGGCGGUGGCACCGGUCCUGACGGCCAUCCAACAGCUGCAGCUGCAGCAGACACAGCAGCAGCAGCAGCAGCAGCAGCAGCGCAGCUCAUCGGGCGCCAUACCGAAGCGUCAUAGCACCGGCGGCUCGAUAGUGCCGCGCAAUAUAUCAAUGGCUAUGCCCACCUCUGCGGCCAGCUCCUCCUAUAAUCUGCAGCAGCAGCUAAUCCUGCCCAGCGGCUCGGUUAAGAAAUGGCAGUGCCCGGCAUGCACAUACGAGAACUGUGCCGCCUCCGUUGUCUGUGACAUUUGCUCGAGUCCGCGCGGUUUGGUCCAUACGGUGCUGACGGAUGCCCUGGCCCGCAAAUCGAUGCGUGUCGCUACGCUCAACGAAAUCCGGCAGGAGAGCAAACUAAUGGAGAAUCUGCGCCAGCUGGAGGAGACAGAAGCGCUGACCAAAUGGCAAAAUAUCAUACAAUAUUGUCGCGAUAAUAGCGAGCUGUUCGUGGAUGAUUCAUUUCCGCCGGCGCCCAAGAGCUUGUACUAUAAUCCCGCCAGCAGUGCAGCGGAUGGCGGCAAUCCGGUGGUGCAGUGGCGCCGACCCCACGAGAUCAACUGCGAUGGCGGCGCCUAUCCCCCAUGGGCGGUAUUCCGUACGCCGUUGCCCUCGGACAUCUGUCAGGGUGUGCUGGGCAAUUGUUGGCUGCUCAGCGCAUUGGCCGUGCUGGCCGAACGGGAGGAUCUCGUCAAAGAGGUGCUGGUCACCAAGGAGAUAUGCGCCCAGGGCGCCUAUCAGGUGCGUCUGUGCAAGGAUGGCAAAUGGACGACCGUCCUUGUCGAUGAUCUGUUGCCGUGCGAUAAGCGCGGACAUCUGGUCUACUCGCAGGCCAAGCGCAAACAGCUCUGGGUGCCGCUCAUCGAGAAGGCGGUGGCCAAAAUCCAUGGCUGCUACGAGGCGCUCGUCUCGGGCCGUGCCAUCGAGGGCCUGGCCACGCUCACGGGUGCACCAUGCGAGAGCAUACCGUUGCAGGCCAGCUCGUUGCCCAUGCCCAGCGAGGAUGAGCUGGACAAGGAUCUGAUCUGGGCACAGCUGUUGAGUUCGCGCUGUGUACGCUUCCUGAUGGGCGCCAGCUGUGGCGGCGGCAACAUGAAGGUCGACGAGGAGGAGUACCAGCACAAGGGUCUACGGCCGCGGCAUGCCUACUCGGUGCUGGAUGUCAAGGAUAUACAGGGACAUCGUUUGCUCAAGCUGCGCAAUCCGUGGGGACAUUAUUCGUGGCGCGGCGAUUGGUCAGAUGAUUCGGCCCUGUGGACAGAUGAUUUGCGUGAUGCUCUAAUGCCGCACGGCGCCUCUGAGGGCGUCUUUUGGAUCUCCUUUGAGGAUGUGCUCAACUAUUUUGAUUGUAUCGAUAUCUGUAAGGUGCGUUCCGGUUGGAAUGAGGUGCGUCUACAGGGCACACUCCAGCCGUUGUGCUCCAUUUCGUGCGUGCUGCUCACGGUGCUUGAGCCCACCGAGGCCGAAUUUACGCUCUUCCAGGAGGGUCAACGCAACUCGGAGAAAUCGCAACGCUCACAGCUCGAUCUCUGCGUUGUGAUAUUUCGCACACGUUCGCCGGCAGCGCCGGAGAUUGGGCGCCUCGUCGAGCAUAGCAAGCGGCAGGUGCGCGGCUUUGUUGGCUGCCACAAGAUGCUGGAGCGUGACAUCUAUUUGCUCGUCUGUUUGGCCUUCAAUCAUUGGCACACCGGCAUCGAGGAUCCGCAUCAGUAUCCGCAGUGCAUACUGGCCAUACACAGCUCCAAGCGGCUGCUGGUCGAGCAAAUAACGCCCUCGCCCCAUCUGCUCGCCGAUGCCAUCAUCAGCCUGACACUGACCAAGGGCCAGCGGCAUGAGGGACGCGAAGGCAUGACCGCCUACUAUUUGACAAAGGGCUGGGCUGGACUGGUGGUUAUGGUUGAGAAUCGACAUGAGAAUAAAUGGAUUCAUGUGAAGUGCGAUUGCCAGGAGAGCUACAAUGUGGUCUCGACGCGCGGCGAGCUCAAAACAGUUGAUUCUGUGCCGCCGCUGCAAAGGCAGGUGAUCAUUGUGCUCACCCAGCUGGAGGGCAGCGGCGGCUUCAGCAUUGCCCAUCGGCUGACGCAUCGUUUGGCCAAUUCGCGCGGCCUCCACGAUUGGGGUCCGCCGGGCGCCACCCACUGUCCGCCCAUCGAGAAUGUGCACGGUCUGCAUGCGCCGCGCUUGAUAACAUAAUUGAUCAAACCGACUUGGAAGGAUGGAGGGGCAUUAGUUCAAAGCAAAAUAUAUAUAUAUAUAUAUAGAUAUGUAUAUAUAUGUAUCUAUGUGUAUUCCUUUAACGCCAUAACGUUUUUGAACUAUGAUUUUGAUUUCGGUUGCAUUUUCUUUAGUUUUGUUUUGUUUUUAUAUUUUAAUUUUUUGAGAUUUUUGCAUAUUCUAGUCGAUGUUUUGUCAACGUCAUACGUACACACACACACACACACACACACAUAUAUAGAUAUACACGAAUAUAAAUGUAUGUAUAUGUGUAAUUCGAAAUAGUUAACGAUGCGAUUGCGGGCGCAUAAAUACAUACAUAUAUUGAGAAAAGAAAUGAAAUAAAUGUGAAUUAUAUAGUUAAACAUCGGCCUGAUACCCGAACCCUAUCAAAACUUUGAAUUUCAUCGAUGUAUGUAUUGUAUUGAAUUAAAGUGCAUGUGCGUCAUGAUCCAGCAGCAUA